AUGGGGGCCUUGGCACUCGCCAACUUUAUAAGGGAAACCAUCCUAAGGGAUGUGCAGAACACUCGCCAACUUCCUAAGGGAAACCAUCCUGAGGGAUGUGCAGGACACGCCCGGAGCCUCUUAAUAGGGGCCCUGGCACUCGCCAACUUCCUAAGGGAAACCAUCCUAAGGGAUGUAUAG